AGGAUCAGGGACAGAGUUUGUCUCUGGAAAUAUUGAAGAACCCACAAUAUGAUUCUUUCUAGAGCGUUGCCCGCUUUCAGGGCAGCGAAACUAUUGAGUAACAACAAUAUCUGCAAGAAUAUUACUCAAAUUAGCAGGAACUCUCAUGAGUGGUAUUAUCGUUCGGGGGCUCCACCUAAUCCACAAUUGGUCUUUGCUGCAGAGAUUGGUAUGGGGAUGGCUUGGUGGUGGUUCCUAUGGCAUUUGUGGACGGAACCCGAACAUUUAUAUGGGGAAUUUCCUUGUCCUGAUCCGAAAAAAUGGACCGAUGAGGAGCUUGGUAUACCUGCCUAGAUUAACGAUUGAAUGUAAAUCUGGAAAUAUAUGUUAGUGUUAA